CUAGGGCACCGCUUAACGGAAUGAUUUUAAAUACAGUCCAGUCAAUAAUUUUAUAACUAUAUACACACACUAGAAAUGUUUAUUUUUUGCUAAAUUUAUUUCUUGUAAAAAUAUAUGCAUAUUUUAUUUAUUAACUGCACUUUUACCAGAUACACACACUUCAUAAAUAUCUUACAAAUGAUGUGAUUUGGUAAACUUUUAAUAAAUUAUUAUUUUUUAAACUAUAGGCCAUAAGACAAAUGUACUAACUCACAUUUGAUGAUAGUAUAACCUCUAGUUACCAUAAUUUUCAUAACUGAUUUGCAGGAAAAUAGUUAUAGCUUUUUAAGUGUUUCUUCUGCUUUUACUAUUUAUCUAAACACUGUCUUGUCUAACACGUAUAUAUUUGUUGCUCUUAAACUUUUCUUUGCUAACAUCUUUCGGUCAUAUCGUUGUGGCCACGGUCAAGCAAAAAGUGGUUUUCUUUAAUGAUAGCAUAUUCUCAGCUUACAUCUAUGAUAGCGACUAUAGCAUGAAAAGAGUGGUGCCUGUUGUAAAAUAACGUAUAGCCUACCUUAAAUAUAGCACAUUUGAACGAGUCUUGUAAAUAGUCCAAUAUUGACCGUGAUUUAAAAACGCGCCAUGUUGUGUAGACAUCUGUGGUGGCUUUUUAUUUUGCUCUAAUGUAAAAGACUACAUGUUAAACAAUAUUUUUUUUAAAAAACUUGUUCAUUUGUAAACUACUAAUCGUGGGAUCAAGUAUCAGAGGUGAAGAUGUUUGCCCUCUGGUGUACUAUGUCAUAUACAGUACAAUGUUUUGACACCCGAUGAUAUUCAACCACGACAGAAACCCUCCAUAAGCGCUCGGAGGCGAGAACAGGCGCUGCAGCUCCUCAUUGGUCAGAGCAGCCAGAGGGGCGGGGCUCAGACACACGUGGUUUUCUAAAGUCAGUGUUUCACCAAUACGUUCGUCACUGCUGCCGCUGCUGAGACGGUUAUGGCAGAAUUUACAACGGAUGACGAGAAAGUGAGAGGAAAUAACAAACGAGCAACGAGCAGAGAGAGGAAGUCUGUACAUAUGGAACACAUGGAACUUUACGAACGGAGAGAACGGCACAUUCGCGCUGCGAUGACCAACAGCCCACUUCACUGAUGAGGCCAGUCGUCAGCGUGACCUGGUCAGCAGUGACCUGUCCUCACCAAGAGUGAACGACGCGCUUGCUAAGCUCAUCUCCUCCCUGGCCUGUUGCCGGCAGGAUCUCGACCUGGCGUUCACGUUUUCUGCCUGACUUUGUCCAUUAGAUCAUUCAAAACUGUUUCUCCAACGCUUCUUUCGAAAACUGAGACUGUUUUCCAAAGCAGAACCGGCCCAGCCCUCCCAGAUGGACGUUAUGGGGAGUGUGCGAAGCCACCGCUACAGCAUUGUGUCCUCUGAGGAAGAUGGCAUGAAGCUGGCCACUAUCGCUGUCCCGAACGGCUACGGGAACGGCAACAUCAAUAAGGUGCACGCGGCGCACCAACGUCAGAGCCGCUUUGUCAGGAAGGACGGUCACUGCAAUGUGCAGUUUAUCAACAUGAGCGAGAAGGGCCAGCGGUACCUGGCAGAUAUCUUCACCACCUGUGUGGACAUCCGCUGGCGCUGGAUGCUGCUCAUAUUCUCCCUCUCUUUUCUGGUCUCCUGGUUGUUUUUUGGGUUUGUCUUCUGGUUAGUGGCCCUGUCUUAUGGGGACCUGGAGAGUGAGACUCAAAUGUGUGUUUCCAAUGUGGACAGCUUCACCGCUGCCUUCCUGUUCUCUGUGGAAACCCAAACCACAAUUGGCUAUGGCUACCGCUACGUGACAGAGGAGUGUCCCAUCGCCGUCUUCAUGGUGGUCUUCCAAAGUAUUUUGGGCUGCAUCAUUGACGCUUUCAUCAUCGGCGCCGUUAUGGCAAAGAUGGCCAAGCCUAAGAAGAGAAACGAGACACUGGUGUUCAGCCACUACGCCACAGUGGCCAUGAGGGACAGCAAACUAUGCCUGAUGUGGCGUGUGGGAAACCUGAGAAAGAGCCACCUGGUGGAGGCCCAUGUGAGAGCUCAGCUGCUAAAGUCCCGCACCACCGCAGAGGGAGAGUUCAUCCCUCUGGACCAGGUGGACAUAGACGUGGGCUUCGAUAGUGGCAUUGACAGAAUAUUCCUGGUGUCUCCCAUCACCAUUGUCCAUGAGAUAGACGAGGACAGUCCCUUCUACGAGAUGAGCAGACGAGACAUAGAGUCGUCAGACUAUGAGAUUGUUGUGAUUCUCGAAGGCAUGGUGGAGGCCACCGCCAUGACCACGCAGUGUCGCAGCUCGUACGUGGCCAGCGAGAUUUUGUGGGGCCACAGAUUCGAGCCGGUGCUCUUUGAAGAAAAGAGCUUCUACAAAGUGGACUAUUCCCGCUUCGACAACACCUACGCGGUGCCCAGCACCCCUGACUGCAGCGCCAGGGAGUUGGCUGAGAAGAAGUCAGCCGCGUCCAGCGUGAGGAACUCAUUUUGUUAUGAGAAUGAAGUGGCUCUGGAGAAGGUGGAGAUGGAGGAAGAGUUAGAGGAGGAUGUGGAAACACAGAUUGGAGGUGCAGAGGUGGGGGCGCCCGAGAACACAGGCCUAGAUGAAGUGUCAGAAUCCGAAUACAAUCUGGACUCCACAGACUCCAGAUGUUUGACAACCGAAUCAGAAAUGUAACGGCACAGAAGGAAGGUUCUAACCAUGAGGGGGUUUAGAAAAAAAAUGCAUGAAAAAUGUCUGAUCUAAGGUCCAGGUUUUGCAGAUGAUCUUGUUACGUGAAGCUAAAAAGAUUGAGACGCCUUCAGGUACAAACUGAAGGAGUCUGUUUAUGUUAUGAUUUGCAAACCACAGAAGUAGAUUAGCUGAUUGAAUUGACUGUAUUGUUAAUUUAUUCAAAUUUAUAUUUCACUUUUUACUUUUUGCGUGUAGCAUCCUGCAUGUAAAAGGUUUUUUUUCUGCUGUGUGAGCCCAGCAUCACACAGAUUGUCUCUAAAGAAACUGAAUAUAUUUUAUUUAAAGGGGAAAUGUGAAGAUUUUAAAUGCCAAAGACAUAUAUUUUUAAUUACUUAAUUAAUGAAUAAGUCGAGCUUGUCUUGAAACAGUGGUUCUCAAAUGUGGUUCCCAGGUUACCCUAGUGGUUUAGACCCAUAAUUAUAGUCCAAGUAAUCAUGAUAAUGCAAAUAUUAUUGAAAAAAUACCCAGAAAAAGAAUGUUUUAGGGCAGAACUAGUCAGUACUGAUAUUAACAAUAUUAUCUACACCUGCAAUUUACAAGCACUUUAAACUCGUGAAAAACCAAUUUUGAUGAAGUCAAAAGUAUGGAAUAGAUUAAGACCGGAUUCACAGACUCAGAUUUGAAGUUUAAGGUCUUACCUUGAAGAUAUUUUUCAAAACUUAAAAUUUUAAAAACCCUUAAGACUAGACUAGACUAGAAAAACAAUCAGAUUUAAUAAAAAUGUAGACUAAUAAUUACAAAACCUGAGCACCAAAACCUAGAUUUAAAACUAUUUAAAUUGGCCCAAACAUACUUUUGUGACUUUAAGUCUAACUUGAAACCUUGGAGACUUGACUAAAACAUCUAUGAGUACUAAAUACCGAAGUACUAUUUGGCAAUGACUACAACCUUUUGCUCUAAAGUUAAAGUUUUUGGGGGCAAAUUGGUCUUUGAUCUCAGGUCAAGCCCUUAGACUUGAAGGACCGAAACUCGGACUUCCCCAUUUGAGGAACAUUGUUUUAAAACACGCUCGCAUGUGACUUUAAAAAAAAAACAAAAAAACAAAGAGCUCCAAAAGGCUACUGUUUUAAUGAGCUGGUCUCUGAACGUCAAAUUCUUCUUCAACUCCAUGCUCUGGAUGUGAGUUUGCGAAACAAAAGGCUGCUACAUUCUUUAACCUAUCAUUUUCUAAAGUAUGGAACUUUCGCAGCACGUGAUUGUAGAAACGUCUCAGCCCUGAUGGGGGCACUAUGGAGAAGGUUCAGAUUUAAUCAAACACACACUGUAUUAGCUGCCACAGAGUACGGCGAUUAUAUACGACUCACUGUACAGUAUGCUACCACGUCUCGCAGGUCUUCAUGUUCUAAUGUGCAAUACAGUGAGUGGUAGAAUGUGACGGGAGGCUCCAGUCUGAGCCGUGGUACUGAAUGUUUGAGAUAAGUGCUGCUACGUUACCUGUUGUAAGUUUAGAGAGAACUCUAGGAGCCAAAAAUGUAUUAUUUGUCUUUUAAAGUAUCUAUUUUGAGAAUUACAAAUGCAGACUGUAAAGUUAUUUAUAGACGUAGGCGAGCAUGAUUCUGUCAGUGUGUUUUUACAGCUUUUUCUCCAGCUUUCCAUGAUAGGUAUACAGUACAGAGUUGCUGUUGUUUUUUUUUUUAUCUCAACCAAAUGUCUCUCAUGUUGGAUGAAAAUCUGGGCUGGCUUUGGAACAUUCUACAAACCCCAUUUCCAGAAAAGGUGGUACGCUGAAGUUGGUUUUGUACAAGCUAACGUUUGGAGAUUGGUUUUACUCUUAACCUGAAAACAAGAAGAAGAAACAAAUGUAUAAAUGGAUGUGUUCAACACAAAAAAGUUUGGACAAAGGCAAAGUUAAACAGCAGGUGACAUUCUGGGAGGCUUUCUAAUUUAGUAAUGUUUAGUUAGUUAUGAGACUGGUCUCUGCAGCUAAGGUUGGGUUGUGGCCGAUCACUUCGUUAGAGAAUCCAUAGUUUCAGGAGUCAGGAAAAAAAUAAUCUGUAAACAAAGGUUGUCUUCUUGGCCUUGACGACAAACUUUGGACAUGUGUUAUAUCAACUACUUCACUUCUUUUCCACCAAUACGUUAGUUUUCUCUUUCCUCAUCAUACUGAGGAUGAGCUCCACUUAUUAUUGUUCACUUAUUAUCAAAAACCUGGCCUCAGUCUUAACUAUAAAAAAACCAAACACUUUCUGUAUUUUGUCACCUGCAUGCUUGGUCAACCAGUGAAAGCUAUAAUUCUGUCCUUCUCCCCUGGUGGUGAUCUCUAAUAUUUACGCUAUUUUUAUUUUUCUACCGAGGUCUUCCUAACUUCCUGUACACGCCAUGUACACACUGUGCAGUUUUUUUUUUAAAUUAUUACUAUUAUUAUUUUGUGAAUAUUAAUGUAAAUAAUGUACAUUGUCAUGUUUGUUUUUCAAUAAAACUUUGAAAUCAUCAACAUGUUGACCGAUUUAUUGUUUGAUAAAAGC